AUGGUCCGCCACAAGAAAGACCCUCGAAGCAAGAAGACCUUCACCGUCCACCCCAAGCGCGGGGGUGGCAACGCGCAUCAGGGCGACAAUGUCCAGAAUCAGCACGACGACGACCCCACCACCGACGCCGCCUCCUCGUCAACUGGCCGAUCACGCCCGCCCUUCAAGGCCGCCUGCUGGGACCUAGGCCACUGCGAUCCCAAGCGCUGCAGCGGGAAGCGCCUUAUGAAGGUCGGCCUGAUGCGCGGCCUGCACCUCGGCCAGCGCUUCAACGGUGUCAUCAUCACCCCAAACGGCAAACAUGUUGUGUCGCCCGCCGACAAGGAGCUCCUCGAGACCUACGGUGCCGCCGUCGUCGAGUGCUCCUGGGCCAGGACCAAGGAGAUCCAGUGGAACAAGGUUGGCGGAAAGUGCGAGAGGCUGUUGCCCUACCUGGUCGCCGCCAACACCGUCAAUUACGGCAAACCCUGGCGGCUCAACUGCGCCGAGGCCCUCGCCGCUGCCUUUGCCAUCUGUGGCCACCUUGACUGGGCCACCCAGGUUCUGGAACCCUUCUCAUACGGCGAGGCAUUCCUUAAGAUCAACGCAUCACUUUUGAGAAAGUACGCAGAAUGUGAGGACGAGAAGGCCAUCAAGAAAACCGAGGAGGAGUGGAUCGAGAGGCUUGAGAAAGAGUAUGCCGACAAUCGCCACGGCGGUUCCGACGACGACAUGUGGAAGAGCGGCAACGUAAAUAGACGGGCCAUCCCAGGCUCGAGCGACGACGACGAGGACGACGAUGACGACGACGAGGAUGGCAGCGGCGAGGACGAGGAAGACGCAGACGAUUCUGUAGAUGGUAUCUAUCUCGGCAAGAAGCCUGACCCCGCACCAAAGGAGGCCAGUCCUGAGAAGGACCCCUUCGACAUAUCAGACGACAGUGAAGAAGAGGACGCUGCCAUGGAGGAAAUCCGCAGGAAAGUACUGGCGUCGAAACCUUUCGCCAACCCCGACGAUUCAGACCACAAGAAGCGUCCCGAGACAAUAUCAAGACCACAGCAACCCGGCGGCAAGACAAAGGUGGACUCGGAUGCAGAGCCCGACUCCGACAAUGGCGAGGAGGAUAACGAGUUCGACAAUAUCAUAGCUGCAACGCCCAUGACCGACAGGAUGGGGCUCAGCAAGCUGGAGAGGGAGAGGUCAAAGGCGACAGUCACGAGUAGAACGUUCAUGUCCAAUAGCAUAUCCGCCCCAAAGCGGUGGUAG